AUGCCAUUGAGGGAAGCUGAUAUGUCCGCCACCACAAUCGACGAUGGCUCAUUGACGCCGCUCGACGACUCUGCACCUGGGAGUAGAGUUCAAAGGGAAGGUGGUAGAUCGGGACCUUCAUCCACUCCACGAUCUCCUCAACCGAGAUUAGUCCUAUUCGAUCCCCGAUCAGGUGAACAAGAAACCAUCGAUCUAGGUUCAGCGAGUAGUAUAUUGACUUUAGAUGAUUAUAAGAGAAUCAACAGGAAAACAACGGAAAGAGGAAUGAUAACAGGUUUAGUUGGUGGUGGUGUUUUAACUUAUCUGGUUAGACGAUUCUUACCCAAAACACCUUCAAGAAACGCGUUAUCACUUACUUUUAUAUUCUCAUCGGCAUUCAUAUCAUUCUCGACUUCACGGGCAUUACUAGUUUCUGAGAUCUUACGAAUCCGAUCUCAAGCACGCGCAAACGCAUUAGCCAAUGGAGAUAUGAGUGAUAAUGCACCACCCAGUGAUCCUAUGUUUUCAGGAGCAGAUUUAUUUGGAGGUACAUCCCCUGGACAGUUGAGAUCACCAGAAGGAGAAGCGAGUCGUCAAAGUAGAGGAAGAUAUGUCCCACCUGGAUACAAUAGAAAUCGGAAUGAUGACGAGAUUUCAGCUGCUGCACCUGGAGGUCCUGAAACAAUCACAGGACGAACUCAACAACAAGGACAAGGGCAAGGAGGGAGAAUGAGAGGAAGUGUUCAAGAUGAAUUAAAUAAAAUCGGUCAACCUCCUCAAAGGACAAGAUGGGCGAAAGGAAAAGGUUUGGAAGGUGAGGUGGAAGAAGAAAAUGAAAUGAGAGAUCCAUACGCUACUGCUGGUCAACCAAGAUUAGGUUAA